AUGAUUAGGGAAAGUGGAUUUUAAGGAGUUGAAUCAUAGCCAAGUGCAUCGUUUGCAGGCUAGUCAAAUAGAAAUAUAUCAAAUAGAAACAGCUAAGUGUAAUAUAAUAACUUUAAUAAUUUUUAAAAGUAGCCAUCUUUUUAGCAAGAGAAUUCAUUUGCAAACAACAAUAACAAUCAAAUCAGAUCCUCAUAAUUUGAAUAGCAAGAUUUUUAACAUCAAUAACAGCAAGAUCAACAAUAAAAUCCUAGGAAACCUCCAAAUCGCUAAUCUUCUUAUAAUCAGUAAUAAGAAGCCUUAUUUUAGCAGUUUUAUAAUCCUAAUGAUUAUAUACAAUAGGGAGUUUAGUAAAGAACAUUAUAAAAUCAAUAUAACUAAUAAUAUGAAUAAGAAUAAAGUUAAAAUAAUUUUUAUCAAUCUGGCAUCUAAAAUAAAAAUAUGUUCAAUAAUGGUUCUAAUAAUUAACAGUUUCAGUAAAAUAAUAACAAUACAAUAGAAAUAGGAGAGCAGUAAUUUUAAGAAAGCUAGACAAAUAUCAUUUAAAACAAUAAGCAAGGUGAAAACCAAAAUUUCAAAACAGAGGAAUUUGUUUUCCCUUAAACAGCUUUGAUUAAUUUCUUGAGCUAGCUUUACACUAUGCUGCUUAUUCAAACUCUUAUUAUCAUUGGCGCUGUUUGGUUUUCAUAUCUUUUAGAGGAUAUAAUAUCAUUUAUAGGCUAAAAUAUGUGGAUAGUUUGGACUAGUUUAGGUCUAGUGGUUAGCAUAACGGUAGGCUGCUUUGUAUUUAGAUCAUCAGUAAGUAUUACUCCUCUAAAUUAUAUAUUAUUAGUCACUUAAACUAUGUGCUUAGUUAUACUUUAUGUCUAUAUUUUAGAUAAAUAUGAUGUUAGUUUAGCCUUCUUAAUUCUUUUAGCCUUGGCCGCAAUUUAUUUUUCGCUUCUAAUAUAUGUCUUAACGACUAAAACAGAGUUAAACUUUAGAGGAUCGACAUUAUUCGUAACAUGUAGUGCAGUUAUGGUCUACUAGCUAUUUUUAAUAUUUACUAAUCUCUCUUAUUUGACUUCUAUUUUUAUAUUGAUGGGCAUAGUAGUAUGGGGCUAUUUUCUUAUUUACGAAUAUCAGACUAAAGUAUCAGAUGUAGAAUUCGAAAGGAGAGAUCCUGUUAUAAGCACAGUUACAGUAUUUUUAGAUGUAUUCAAUUUAUUGUUGAAAGUGUCUGAACUUUUAAGAUAAAUCUUGCUCAGAGAAAGGUCUUGA